CAUUGGAGUAUGUCUACAGGACAACCUAACAUUACGGUAGUUAAUGCUACAUAGAUCAUCAUUGUUGAGAAAGGAGGAUAAGAGGAUAUCAAACAUUGGUGUUGUACAUUGCAUCUGUUCAGAUCUUAUCUAAUGGAAACCAAAGAUGAGAAGGACAGUUUAUUUUCGGUACUUGUUAGGGGGAAACAGAACCUGGCAAGCGAACAACAAAUGCUUCUACAGACAUUCAAAGUGAUUUUUAGCGACCAAGAGUUACUUUUUGACCAAAACGUGAUAGGAAGCUUUGGUGAAGGUUUCGCCAACUUAAGUGUUUUAUCUAAUGACUCAAGUGACGUCGACAUUAUGGCUGUAAGCAAACACGGACUUGUGUUUGAACACCACUGUAGUCCUGUUCCAGAUUCUACCUGGCUUUUUCAGAUGCAAGUUUGUCCUAACAAUUCUGGAUAUGUUAGGCUCAGAUUGUGUAAACACGGAAAUAUCAAAAACUUUGGCAUAGAUUAUCCCGAUAUAGCGACAUCAUUGGAAUACGACUCUCUGUCAGAUUGUAACUAUCUAACCAAUGCAUUCAUCCACGUGAUAGCGGAUUCCCAUCUAUGUGCAGAGAGUCCCUUUAUGGAGCCAUGUGAUUUUUUUACUUUGGUAACAACCCGUGUUUCAGGUCCAUCUUUGAAUAGAACGUCACUGUUUCCGUACGGCUCCUACUCAGGCAAAGUCGAAUAUGACGAUGUUUUUGCACUAAGAUGUCCCGAAUGGCCGUCAGUUGCCAGCGAAUGGAUAUCACGUGAGAGACAUAAAGGAUGGCCCUCACCAGAAUUCAUCAGCCAGCACACUUCAAAAGGCUGCUACGUAGUUCCAGUUGGUUGUAAGGAGUGUGAUAGAAUGCAUCUUGACUGGAGAAUUUCUUUUGUACAUGUCGAACAAGCAUUAGUCAAAAGCAUGAAUACAUAUCAAUGGUUUUGUUUUCAUUUGCUUCGACAGCUUAAAAAAACAAUUUUCGGAGUCAAAAUGCCAAAUGUUAUAACUUCAUACAUCAUCAAGACAACGCUUUUCUGGACUUUAGAGGAAACAUCUCCAGAUCUUUGGCAACGAAGCAAACUUCUCGCAGCAGGUGAAGAGUGUCUGGACAAAUUAAUCACGUUUGUUCAGAAUGGUAACUGUCCAAAUUACUUCAUCAGGACCUGUAACUUGUUCAAAAAGACAUUUUCCAAGAUAGAUAAGCAGAUGGUUUUGCAAACUUGUUUGGAUGUCAAGAAAAGUCAAUUAAAAUUUAUGUUGGAAACAUCGCCUUUCCUGAACAGAUUAGGAACAUUAAAGGCAUCUGGUGUUAAUAGUGCAGGGUUUAUUAAAAACAUUACCAAAUUAGUCAAUUCCAUGCCAGUUAAAUCAUUAAUAGAAUCAAUGCUUGCCCAGUUAGUCCCGAACUCCAGACCAGAGCUAAUUCAGUGGUGCAGGAACAUUCAACAAAACAUCAAAGGUGUAAUUAACACACGUGAAUGUGAUGAAGAAACGAAGAUGCUUCUAGAUUACAUUCAUACUUUCACGGACCGAUGGCUCAAGUCCUGUACGCUUAGAACGCCAUACAGCCAGAAAAACUCCGCUGACAUUGAACUCAUUGAUUUUGAUUUAGAGGAUGUUUAUAGUGUCGCCAGUUUUUGUCACUUGCAAAUGGUUGCUGGUAGCUACACAAGAUGCAAUGGUUUGCUUACGAAGUUCAUCGAGAUUCAAAAACAAAGGGAGUAUAGAAAUGUUAGCCUCCAUGGUAACUCGUUCAAAAAACUGUUUACAUAUUUAUCAAUCAUUAUCCAAAUGGAUGCUCCACCUGUCAUUUUUGAUAUGAUAUUCCUACAAAUAGAGCAAGAUACUCUUCCUACACCACUUCAGACCGAAAUCAAUUCGUCUCUGAUAAAUAUACCGAACUUUUCUACCAAAACCCAAGCGAGAAGAGUUCUUGUUGUCGAUCCACUCGUAUAUGCUUGUUUCUUGCGGUUUUGGUGCAGCAUCAAAAUGGAUGAAAACAUCGAGAAGUUGAAGGCCCGUGAUGCUAUGGUGUGGUGCUGCGGUCUGGACAGCAUAUCAUAUAAAGCAGUGGCCUUGAACCUACUGGCGUACUGUCACAUUCAACUGGAGGAGUACGAAACGGCUUUUAAAGUACUCUGCCGGGCUUUGAGCAUGACGCCAGUAAGGCGUUCAACACUGGUCUAUAUCGCAACCCUAGUAAAUACCAAACUGAGGCGGCCAUAAGAUAAUUGGAGACUGCGUUGUUCUAAUGUUUACUGUUUUGUCAUCAUUAUGUCAAACAUUGAAGAUAAUAACUUGAUCAGGCGAUAUCAGUGGUACAUCUAGUAUUUCAAUUCAUUGUGAAUAUGGCAACAUCGAUAAAUAGUGACUUAUUCAUUUAUCCGCUGAUUUGUUUUCUUAUUUUCUUAUUUAUUUUUUCUUUCAACACACAAUCUAAAAAUGUCGUGUUACAUGCCUUUGUAUAUGAACAAUAUUGCUUUUUUAGACUGAAGACUUAUUUGAAUAGCGAACUAUUUUUUCACGUUCUAAUAGCGAUAUGUUGUUCUUAGCUUUUAAUUUUGCCUCAGUUGAAAUGUAUUGACUUACCAAACUCGCCUAAUCCCUUCCCAAACAUUAAUUCAACUCUGAAUCUCAAUUAAUUGCACUUUUAUCAAAUAAACAUGUACAGUAUGUGUCCUGAAUGAGGACAUGUAGCGCUUGUAUUACACAAUCAUUUCCUCCCCAGAUCUGCCUCCCAUUUACCUGUAUAAUUUCGUAUUUUUCCUCUUUGGGGUGAACAUCUCUGUUAAUCUUAGUGUAGGACAGAUCGCACGUUCUUGCAUGGACGUCAGAGCGCCGAUACAUGGACGUCAGAGCGCCGAUACAUGGACGUCAGAGCGCCGAUACAUGGACGUCAGAGCGCCGAUACAUGGACGUCAGAGCGCCGAUACAUGGACGUCCUAACGACAAGAAAUCACACCACGUCAACAUUGUGUUGCUUUGCAAUAUACUUAACUAUUAACAACACGAUCCAGUGUUAUCAAAAUUCCAUAAUGGGAGAAAAGAAAAUCACUCACUCCCUUGAAGACGUGACAGAAAUGUCCAACCCUCAGGGUGAUAUUAUUGAUUACCGUGUCAGCGGUAGAGCCUCGAGUCAGAUAAACUUUGCUAACAUUAAGUACCCGGGUUAUCUCCAUCAAACCCUUAGGGUAUGGAUACAUUAUAUGUUUAUCUCUUUUUAACAACCACUGAUUGGCUCUUAUGUUAUUGAACAUGGUAAUAUACAUAUUGAUUCAUACAUACUGUAUCUUUUUAGAGAAAUAUAUAUCUUACGAUAUAUGCCUGCAUUAUAUUUGUACAUACUUUAAGCCAAUAAUAAAACAAAAACAAAGAUGUUUUUAUCUUAUACAAUGAUUGGCAUCAUAUGAUAGGAACUUUUAUAUUCGUAUUAUCUGGUUAUUUUCGCCAUUAAUCAACACAAAACAUAUAUUCGCCCCGUUUUAAAUUCGCCUUAAAUGUUUUUUUUUAAGAACUAUUCUUUUCCUCGUUUGUAAAAUCGGAAAAUUCCGUUCGGAAUUCUCAAUACAAGUUACACUCGGACCACUCGGGACUUAUCGAGUUCCCCAAUUGAAUUAUCAGCAUGAGAUGUAAAAUGUGAUCAGGUGCUCAAAUUUCCUUUUAGUCCCUGCUAUGCAGGCAUAUAUCGUAAUCGCAUAUAUCAUGUUCAAUAAUUACUCAGAUAGCAUUGUAUAAAAUGUGAACUGUUUGACAUGCAAACUCUCUGUUAAAGAGUAAAUAAAAAAUGUCUGUCUGUC